AUGGAGAGCAGAUUUCAUGGGUUGCCUCCUCUGAAAAGGUUCAGGCUGAUGCAACAAGAACUAGAAGAAAAUAAUAUUGAUAAACACCUGGAAUCGAAAGACAAAUCAAUGACCCCUUUAUGCCUUCCGGCCAAAAAGCGUAAGGAAUCCCGAGAUUCGCCACCCUCUCUUCCCAGUUCCACCUCCAUUAAUGGUUACUCCCUACCGGCCAAGAAAAGGGUUUAUGCCAUUCAACCGUUCGAUCUCAAUGUCGAAUACACUCCAUCAUUUGAUGCUGAAAAACAAGAAAACCAGCAAAAAGACUUGCAGGAAACAAAGGAAAUAUGCAUUCCAGGAGGACCUCACGGUGAAGUCAAAAAAAGCGAGAUUGAAAGUAAAGACAAAGAAGACGACAUUAAGGAAAAUGAAGAUGAUGGGAUUGUGUGUGCUAUAUGUGAUAGCACCGAUGGGGAUCCAACAGAUCCCAUCGUGCUUUGCGAUGGCUGUGAUUUAAUGGCUCACACCACAUGUUAUGGCCAUCCAUUCACAAAGGGUGUCCCGGAAGGUGAUUGGUUUUGCGCCCAAUGCUUGGAGAAUCAGAAACAUGCUACCCCAAAUGCAUUUUCUUGCUGCCUCUGCCCUGUAACUGGGGGUGCAUUGAAACCCACAAAAGAUGGCAAGUGGGCUCAUGUUGUGUGUGCACUGUUUGUGCCAGAAGUGUUCUUCAGUGACCCUGAAGGCAGAGAAGGGAUUGAUUGCACCAAGGUGCCAAAGUGGAGGUGGGAGAAAAAAUGCUACAUUUGCAGAGCUAAAAAUGGGUGUGUAGUUGAUUGUUCUGAACCUAAGUGUCCUUCGGCUUUCCACGUUACAUGUGGAUUGAAAGAAGAGUUGUGCAUUGAGUAUAGAGAAGGAAGAAAUAAUGGGGCUAUUGUCGCAGGUUUCUGCAGAACCCACACUGAUUUGUGGAAGAAGCAAGAACAAACGGGGAAGUUCAAGAUUGUGGCUAGAGAGGAGCACGAGAAAUAG